AUGUCUGGUGCAAUUCCAAAGUCAUUACAGGCACUUAAGCAGCUAGACUCCUUUAAUGUCUCAUUCAACAGGUUACACGGAGAAAUUCCGAGUGGAGGACCUUUUGUUAAUCUCACUUUCCAGUCUUUCAUGUCGAAUGAAGGAUUGUGUAGUAACCCUCAAAAGCAUGUCCCAGCUUGUCCUUUUAAUUCAAAGAAUCGUUCUAAUUCAAAAAAUAGAAUAUUGAUAUGGAUUGUUGCCUCAUCAGUUAUCUUUGUGAUAGGGCUUGCUUCAGCAAUAGUUUUCAUGUUGAUGAGACAUCGGGGUAAAACAGUCAAUGCUGAAGAUGAGUGGUUGCCUGAGGUAGCACCACAAAGAAUUUCUUGCUAUGAACUUCAACAAGCAACUCAAAACUUUGAUGGAAAUAACUUGCUAGGUAGUGGGAGUUUCGGUUCUGUUUACAAAGGGACAUUGACAGAUGGGACCAUAGUAGCUGUUAAAGUUUUCAAUGUACAGCUAGAAGCAUUGAUACUUGAGUACAUGCCAAAUGAGAGCUUAGACAAGUUGCUAUACUCUCGAGAUUAUUCUUUAAAUAUAAUGCAAAGAUUGAAUAUCAUGGUCGAUGUUGCAUCUGCUCUGGAAUAUCUCCAUCAUGGUUACUCAGUACCGGUUAUUCACUGUGAUUUGAAGCCUAGCAACGUGUUACUUGACAAUAACAUGGAAGGACACCUGACUGACUUUGGCAUUGCAAAACUUUUAACUAAGGAAGAAUCUAUUGCUCACACUACAACCUUUGUCACAAUGGGUUACAUUGCUCCUGAAUAUGGUUUGGAAGGCCUUAUAUCCAAGAGGUCUGAUGUUUAUAGUUAUGGUAUCAUGUCGCUGGAAACUUUCACCAAGAAGAAACCUAAUGAUGAAAUGUUCACGGGAGAUUUGAAUUUGAGAAUCUUUGAAAGGAUGAACAUGAUUGAUGUUGUAGCAGCAUUGAAAAGGAUCAAGCAGAAGCUUUCUUCCUGUUAUUGA